AAUAAAAUAAAAUAAAACUCGAGUUUACUUUUUUUUUCCUUUUGUUUUUUAGUAUAAUUUCAACUCCCAACUUUAGCUCCUUAAAAUCUCUAUAUAUUACGGUUUGUUCAAGGAAUCUUUUGAUAGAAAACAACCACUUAAUUUUCUACUUCUUGUCAACCUUCUUGAAACCUAAUUUGUUUUCUCUUGCGGGGGAAAAUGUUCAGUGCAUUAGACUGUCUGUCGAUAUUUAAACUUGUAAUUUUAUAUAUAGUAGUAAGUAUUUGUUAGUACUAUUAUAUACAAUUAGCUUCUUCCUUUUUUUUGUGUGUUACAUGUGUAAAUUCAAGGUGGCGAAUUAUAGAAAGAAAGGGAAUUAUAAGGCAAUUAUAAGAGAUGAUGAAGAAGAAGAAAGUGGGAUUAAUAAUAAUGAUAAUAUUAAUGUGAUGUUUUCUGGGAAUAUUAAUAGAGAAGAAGAGAUGUCUAUGAUGGUUACUGCACUGACACGUGUCAUUACUGGUGAAGAUAGAAUAUUAAAUCAAGAAAAUAAUAAUAAUAAUAUUAUUGGUUCUUCAUCUUUGAAUGAAUUUUCUGGAGGCGUUGGAGAAAAAAGAGGACGUGAAGAGCAGCAAUAUUUCUUGUCUGAUAUUAUUAGUUCAUCAAAAGUUGGUGAAGAUUCAAGCAUUAAUAGAACUAUUGCAAGCAACACACCAACAACAGAAGCAACAUUCAUAUACACUACUCCAACAUAUGAUCAUAAUAACAACACCAAUAUUAUUGAUUGUGAUCAACCAAGAAGAAGAUAUAGAGGAGUGAGACAAAGGCCAUGGGGAAAAUGGGCUGCUGAAAUUAGAGAUCCAUACAAAGCUGCUAGGGUUUGGCUCGGAACAUUCGAUACUGCUGAAGAUGCUGCUAGAGCUUAUGAUGAAACUGCUCUUAAAUUUAGAGGUAGCAAAGCCAAACUCAACUUCCCUGAAAAUGUUAGGCUCUUGCCUACUUCUUCAAUGGAAAAAGGGUCUCUGACAAACACAUUUCCCUCAAACUCCGUGGAAAGUAACUUGGAAUUUUUGACGAAGAAAAAAGUUCUGACAAGCACAUUUCCUGCAGAAAAUAAUAUGGUAUUUUCAACAGAAAGACAGUUUAUGACGGACACAUUUCCCACGGAAUAUGUACCUGUUUCUAGUAUUAUUUCUCCUAAUACUUCUCCAAAUACUCUUUCAACAAUCUCUUUUUUCCCUAAUAGUAAUCCAAUAGCUCACACUCAGUUAUCUAAUAGCAAUAGUGAUGACAUAAACACUCAAUAUUUCUUGAAUGGUGAUUUUCAAAGGGGCAAUUCAUCUCUAAGUUUGUUAAACCAAUCCAUGUUUUCUACAACAUUCCAGUAUUCUUCUUCUUCUCCAUCAUCGUCUUCUUCUUCUCGAGUUCCUUUUGUUCCGAGUAUGUAUUUUUCAGGUUCUCAACCUACUAGCCAGAGUAGUGAAAAUGAUUUUCGGGCUACUUCGUCAGAUUCAGCUCAUCACCCUCCAAAAUGAUCUAGUAGAAGUGACUAGUUAGGGUUUUAUGUUUAUCAUAUAAAUGUGAUAUAUGAAAGGAUUGCGCGUGUAGGUGGACAAAGUCCCCUUUUUUGGUGAUAUUGUUGUGGUAGAUUAUAAAAUGAGAGGUAUUUUUGGAAA